GAUAUACUGUUGAGAGAAAUGGACUUUUUGGCGGGAACGCGAGGAGUGAAGUUGUGUGAUUUGUUUUAUUUUGUCUAUUAGUGUUUCCUCAGGCUUAAAUGUGUAAUAACGGUGGUUUAAUAACUGUUUAAUAUCUGUGAAAGUGCACCAAUGUGGGAAAAUGAAACAAAGCCGCUGGAAGUAGCUUCUCGGGAUCCUCCAAAAAGUACAUUAAAAAAAUCUCAGUAAAUGACUAUUAGAGCAAGUGAAUGACACGCGGGCCUCUGGUUCGUGUCAGUCGCGCAGGUGGAACAUGCGUGGGAUUCAAAACAAACCAGCAGUAAACAUCCAGCAGUUUAUUGAAAGUAAUCAGGCGGACAGGCAGUACAAUAAUACUAAAGAUAUAUUAUUAUAAAGGAACUUAACAGUACAGCGUGCGGACCGUGCGACGGCACCAAGAGAAAAGAGAGAAGCGAUUUUUUUUUCCUACCUAAGCUGAUGGUCUAGACUCUAGAGAGACCAUAUCAGCGUAACCUUAACUAGUAGGUGAGCUCACGGGGCUCGAACCUGACUAUUUUGCUAGCACGAACCCUAGCAAGAGCCGUGUUUUGCAGAAUCUACCACCGGAUCGGAAACGCGACUCACUGAGAAGAUCCGGCGAGAAACUCAGUGAGCUGUUUCUGUGGGUUAAUUUACUCGCUGAGCCCUUCGUCGUAAGCGAAGGGUUCGACGAGAACGAUGACCGGUGCUUGGGGUGCCUAAAAGCACUGUUAGUGGAUCGGGAGGAUCCGAAAUGACGUGUUUUGGGGACGUCGACUGUUUACCAUUUCGUCCGCAGGAUCGGCUAUGUAGUUUUCGGCGACCACGAUGAGAGGAUUCUCAUGUCAUGCCGCUUUAUCGAAGUGGGGAAGAGCGAACCCAUAGAUCAAGCCAAGAUUUAAUGCAUACCUAUUCACUAAUAUUCUUAAUAAUGACCACCAUUUUACUGAGAUUAUAUUUCAUUCCAUAUCAUCUCAUCUCAUUUCAUUUAAUUUCAUCCCUUCAUCUUCAUUUCAUUUCAUUUCACUCUAUAUUAUUAUUUUUUACAAAAAUAAGUUAAAUUAAAAUAAGACUUGACCUAAAGGUCUCAGUUACCAGGUAAAAAUCCAUUAAAAAAUAAUUAAAAGAAAUGGGGAAAAAUAAUGUAAAAUGCAAUUGAUGCAAAUAUGUACAUAAAAUGAUGUAACAUUUAAAGACAAUAAAAAUAAAAUAUGUAAUUCCACGGUCGCCUUUAAACAACUCUUAAAACCUAAGUCAUAAGCCGGCAGAAGUCAUUUGACAAGAACUGAUGAAAUUUGUCUUAUUUUGUCCAGUAUUUUAAAAUAGUGCAUUAAUUUAAACAAAAACCUAUAAAAGUAUAGCGACAAAACGAUGUCCGAAAAGGAAACUAAAUUCAUUAAGAAUGAACACGUAUUAACCGUGGCUUUGUGCUCCAUAGCAAUACCACUGUCUAUGUCUAUGUGGAUAAUUAAUAUAAUUUAUUCCAAAUAUCUUGCAGAAAAUUCGAGUUAUGAUGAACCUAUUGUUAUACCACCAACAAAAUGGAUGGUAUCAUGUUUUAUUCCCCUUCUUAUAGCAGUUUAUGGAUACAAGAAGAGAAGCAUAAAUUUAAGUGGAGCAGUUAGUGGGUUACUUAUAGCAUUCAUUUUAACACUUAGUAGUUAUGGAUUUUUAGCUGCUAUUUUCACAUUUUUCAUUACUUCAUCAAAAGCUACUAAAGUAAAGUCACAUUUGAAGAGGAAAUUUGAAGCUGAUUUUAAGGAAGGUGGACAAAGGAAUUGGAUACAAGUGCUGUGUAAUGGUGGUAUGGCAGCUCAGCUUGCAUUGUUGUAUCUAUUGGAUGUGGGAUCAUCCGAGCGCCCUAUUGAUUUUGUGAAGGAUUACAGAUCUUCUUGGUUGUCUAUUGGAAUUUUAGGUGUUUUUGCAUGCUGCAAUGGUGACACAUGGGCUUCAGAAAUUGGAACAGUUUUUUCUAGUUCAGAUCCAUAUUUAAUUACAUCUUGGAAGAAAGUGCCUAGGGGCACAAAUGGUGGUGUCACUUUUAUUGGAACAGUAUUUAGUGGUCUUGGAGGAUUUGUGAUUGGAUUGAGCCAGUAUUUUGUACUUUACUUGUUCUCAGACAAAAGUUCUUGGGAUUAUGCUCCACCACAAUGGCCUAUUAUACUGAUGGGCACAAUUUCUGGUUUAUUAGGCAGUUUAGUAGAUUCUAUAUUGGGAGCAACUUUGCAGUUUUCAGGUUUGAACAAAGAAGGAAAAAUUGUAAAUCAUUCCUAUGACGCAGUUAAACAUAUCUCUGGCUGGAAUAUUCUAGACAAUCACAGUGUAAACCUAAUAUCAACUAUCAUUAUAGGUUUAUUAACUCCUACACUCAGUAAAAAUUUGUGGCCUCUUUUUUAAGUAUUAAUUUUAUAUUAAAAUAGGCGAACCGUCCAAUUUCGUUUGCAUUAGUUAUUCGACUACGUUAUGAAUAUGUAAUAUAACAGGCUAUCUUCGGUACAUCACGCUAUGAUCAGGGAUAGUGGAACUGUGGUAAAAAAUGACAUGGGAACAGGAUUUUUAAAGGGACAAUGGGUAAUAUUAUUUCGGAUUUUUAUAAAUAAAAUGUGGGUAUGUUAUAAUUAUAAUACUAUGUGGGUAUAUAUGUUACGUAUAAUAAAUAGUAUUUUAAAGUACUACUGCGUACACGAUAUUUUUAUUUUCUUGUUACUGAAGAACGUAAUCGCGCGAGAUGCUUGACCAUUAUUUUGUUGCAGAAAUAUUUUAAAUAGCGGAAAACUUUUAUCUCUUAAAUUAUUCACUGAGAUCAAACGAUUUAAGGGCAACUUUGUUCAUAUUAGUUCAUAAAUGCUCGUGAUGAGUAACGUAUUUAUUGAGAUAAGGAUUGUUACCAUGUCAAAAAAGCCUUUGCAAAGAAUAGAUUACUUAGACAAAUUUGAUUAACAGUAAAAAGGAUUUAUAUUGUGCCACCCAAAAAGGAUAAACAUACCCUAUUGCGGAUUUUUUAUUGCUGCGUAACUUUAAUAGCAGAAUAAGCAGUGGAAGCUUUUGAAAGAAAUAAAAUUUUACCGUUUUUUCAACAUUUUUCAUAUCAAUGAAUCAGCUAACGCUCCGCUUCUGUUGGUCUUAGCUUGAUGUUAUACCUAUAGCCUAUAACCUUCCUCGAUAAGUUAGAUUAGUAAGAUUUACAUAUAUAAGUAAGAUUUGUUUAGAACAAUAAAAUAAUUUUUAAUUUUUAAAAUAGUUCCUGAGAUUACUGCGUUCAAACAAACAAACUCUUGAGCUUAAUGAUAUUAGUACGGAUUUAGUAUUAUUUUUUUUAACCUUCUAAAGAUGCAGCACAAUCACAUACCCAUAGAUGUUCAUGAAUUAAAUCUUGAAUCGAUCAAAUAUCAAAACAAAUAAUUCAAAUGCUUAAAAGCUUUCGUAAAAAAAUCAAAUUGAUUACAUUACAGCAAUGAAUAUAUUUCCUAAAGCCACGUUUCAAGUUAUCCCAAAUUGUGGUUGUAAAUGACUUGGUUAUCUGUUUUUUUAACCCUGUUCUUCCGACUAUUUUUAAUAUAAAUAAUUUACUAGUACAGCAUUAACGUAUUAAUAAUGGGUUGUUUUAAUGAAUUAUAUGUACAAUAUAGUGUUGUUGAGUUAUAGAAGUAGAAAGUCAGGAGGAAAUUAUUUUUAUAAAAAUAAGAUCUGAUUAAACAACUAAUAGAUAUUUAUUAUUAAAUUAAUUCUAAUAUUAAAUUAAUUCUAACUUUGUACAGUUUA